GGCGUGCGGGGAUGCGCUUGUUGAGUCUGGAAAUUGGAGAAGACGCUGUGGACUGUCUGUCAGAUUUAUUUCUGGGAGGGGGGUUUCGGAGGGGAGCUGUAGAGGACAACACACAAGGAGCUGGUGUCCAUGGAGGAGCAGGACGCCAGGGUCCCAGCACUGGAACCAUUCAGAGUGGAACAGGUGCCGCCUUUUAUCUACUAUGUCCCUGACUUCAUCUCCAAGGAAGAGGAGGAGUAUUUGCUUCGACAGGUUUUCAACGCCCCAAAGCCAAAGUGGACCCAGCUGUCCGGGAGGAAGCUUCAGAACUGGGGCGGGCUCCCCCAUCCCCGGGGGAUGGUCCCCGAGCGGCUCCCUCCAUGGCUGCAACGCUACGUGGACAAAGUGUCUGACUUCAACCUUUUUGGGGGUCUCCCAGCUAACCAUGUCCUUGUGAACCAGUAUCUGCCUGGGGAGGGCAUCAUGCCUCAUGAAGAUGGACCACUGUACUACCCCACCGUCAGCACCAUCAGCCUGGGCUCCCAUACUGUCCUUGAUUUCUAUGAACCUCGCCGGCCCGACGAUGGCACCCCAUCAGAAAAGCCCAGGUCGUCUCGGCAGCCCAUCACCUCGCUGCUGGUGGAACCCCGGAGUCUGCUGGUGCUCCGGGGCGCUGCUUACACACGCCUGCUCCACGGCAUCACGGCCACGCGUGUGGAUGAGCUGGAUACCGCUGUGCUGCCGCCCAAUGCUGCUGCCUGCAAGUCGGCGCUGCCUGGAGCCCGUCUGGUGCGCGGCACCCGUAUCUCACUGACCAUUCGUCGUGUGCCCCGCGUGCUGCGCGCAGGCCUCCUGCUGGGCAAGUGACCACCAGGCUCCAAACCCUGUGACCUUGGAACCCUAGGGCAGAGGUAGCUGUCCAGGGUUAUUUAUUUUCCCAGUAACUGUGGCAACCAUGGAGAAGACACUAUUCCAAAUAAACAAA